AUGGUCUGGGAUGUAGAGGAUUUGUAUGCUUUGAGGUCAUAUAAUGUAGGGCUAGAGAAGCUGGCUCUGGUCCUGGAUGCGGGAAAGCCAUGUUGGGUGUCUGGCCGUAGCACCAUCCCGGUUUGUACAUGGUGGGUGACCGGCCAUUGGAGUCCCUGCUCUGCUACUUGUGAGAAAGGUGUCCAGCACCGGGAAGUGACUUGUGUUUAUCAGUUGCAAAAUGGCACCUACGUUAACACAAGAGACCUCUACUGCCUUGGCAACAAACCAGCAACAGUACAAAGCUGUGAAGGACGGGACUGCCUUUCUAUCUGGGAAGCAUCAGAGUGGUCAAAGUGCUCAGCAGACUGUGGCAAGGGGAUUCAGAAAAGAACAGUGACGUGCACAAAUUCACAAGGAAAAUGUGAUGCGGCCACCAGGCCAAGAGAUGAGGAAGAGUGUGAGGAUCACACAGGCUGCUACGAAUGGAAAACAGGCGAUUGGUCUAAGUGCUCCUCAACCUGUGGGAAGGGCCUCCAGUCACGCGUGGUCCAGUGCAUGCACAAAGUCACCGGGCGCCACGGCAAUGAGUGUCCUGUCCUGUCCAAGCCAGCAGCCUACAGGCAGUGCCACCAAGAGGUCUGCAAUGAGAAGAUAAACGUCAACACAAUUACCUCGCCCAGACUUGCUGCUCUCACGUACAAGUGCACAGGCGACCAGUGGACAGUGUACUGCAGGGUGAUCCGGGAGAAGAAUCUGUGCCAAGACAUGCGGUGGUAUCAGCGCUGUUGCCAGACUUGCAGAGACUUUUAUGCAAACAAGAUGCAGCAGAAGAGUUAAUGAACCUGUGCUACUUCUUAGAGUAUUACAGCUAUUUGUAUGUAAAUCACGGACUAGUAGGUCUGAGUACUGGAACUUGAUGAGUUGCUACAAUGUGGUGGAUUCCAAAGCAUACCUAAUAAGACUUGAAACUAAUUCUACAGACUGGAUACCAAAGUAAUCCACUCAUCCACCUUAAAAAAAACAAACAGAAAGAGUCAUCUCAAGGAGCCAAUCAUUUUAUCGUAUUUUGACAUCCUUACAUUUUUCAUUAAUGCUUUUUACUUUAAUAUAUUAAAUCUCCAGCCACUGGAUGGCUUGCUACC